AUGGAAAUCGAUUUCCCACGUGAAGACUUGUCUGUAAGUAGAAAACGUCGUGGAAUAUAUUCUGGUGAUAAUGAAACAACGAACGUAAAGCAACAAUCAAUUAAAAAUGAGCCAAAGUCUGAAUAUGAUGGUGUAUGGAAUCAGCGUAUAACUCCGAACUUUCUCACUGAGGGAAUGCUCGGAUUGGGUGUUGUUAUGAAAAUUAAAGAAGCAGAAAUACUGCUGGAAUGUUUGGAUGGUGUAGUCGUUAAAGUACCUGUUCAAAAUUUUGGCAACUUAAUGCUGGGAACACUUAGAAGUUCAUCUCUUACAUUGGAAGAUGUCUUCAAAAAAGUCCGAUCUGAACAAUUUGUCGCAGUAGACUCAAAAGAAAAAAAAAAAGCUUCAUAUCCUGUUGUCAGUUGUGAUCCAUUGAUUGUAAAUGUUCAUCUCAAUCCUGGUGCUCUAAUCAAUGGUCUUGUGCUUAAUGGUGUUGUGGAAAGUGUGGAAGAUAAAGGUGUUAUUAUUAAUCUUGGAUUGCAGUCAGUUGAAUUAAAAGGAUUUCUAGCAGAAAAACAUUUACCGCCUACUUUUCAAAAGGAAAGCUUAAUAGAAGGACAACCGCUUUUAUUGCGAAUACAGAAUGAAAAUUCAUCAAAUAAAAAGUCACGAGUCGUCAGUCUGUCGGCGGUUCCUGAAAUGGAAUGUUUGGAUGAUAUCGCCGUUAAGAACCUUAAACUUAACGAUUUAAUGCCAGGAACUUUACUUCUAGUAAAUCCUUUGCAACCAACUGCUAGUGGUGUUUAUGUCAACAUUGGGAAUGACAUAAAAGGAUAUGUAAACAGGCAACACUUGCCACCGCGAUAUCGCAACGACUCAUUCAAGUGUUUGAAGUCCUUUAAAACAAUUGUGAUGUUUUGUCAACAAAAUAGCAAUUUAUUAGCAUUAAAUGGACAUCCAGAUAUUAUUGCUGCUAGUAAGUUCGCAAAACGAACUAAUUUUGAGAAUGUCCAUACUGGUGAUAUUAUUGAGUGUAAGGUAAGCAAUGUGAAUAAGAAUGGUGAUGUCAAUUUCGAUUUGGUACUACAUGGAGAUGAAAGAAAUUCGCUGGUUGCAGCAUUUGCGAGGAAAACUGAACUGGAAGAUCAUGUUGAAUACAAGAAGGGAACAAUACAUCAAACACGUGUGCUAUCAUUUAAAAUGGUUGAGAGAAUAUUAAUAGUUGCGACACGGAAAGAUAUUCUAGCACAAAAAAUGGUCUGCGUAAAGGAUGCUGUUCCUGGUAUGAAAGUCAUCGCAAAGGUGGAAUCUGUGCUACCUAAGGGAUUGUUCGUAAAAAUAUAUAAUUCGAUCCCUGGAUUUAUACCUAAAAUCCAUCUUUCCGACAAAUUGAUCACACGAAUCGACAAACAUUUCGCCGUUGGUGACGAGCUAACCUGUCGCAUCUUGACUGUGAAUGAAGCGAAAGAACGACUUAUUCUGACAAAUAAGCAGUCUCUUACAACAAAUAAAGACACAGUCAUCAAGAGUUAUGCUGAGGUUACAACUAAUGCGAUAACCACUGGUUACAUUGUUUCUCAGCACCCAAGUGGUGGACUCAUUAUAGGUUUUUAUGGUGGAACUCGCGGAUUUAUGUUUCCGAAAGAGACAGAGCGAUUGGGAACCAAUAUAAAAGUUGGUCUCACAGUCCGAGUUCGAGUGGUUAGUGUUGAUCCACAACGUGGACGUAUGUUAGUUGCAGUAGCGAAUGCGGCCAACGAUGGAACUGAAAUAGCAAAGGCUCAGCCAUUUCUAAUCGAUGGAGGAAAUUCUGUCUCUUUUUCGGCAGUUGUUAUGAAUAUUUUGUCGAAUGAUAAUAAGUCAAAACCAAAUGAGAUUUUGAACGUUACCGUUCGGCUAGGGAAGAAAUUGGGUGGAAAAGUGAAAGCAUUUAUUCCGAAAGAACUGUUGAGUGAUUGUCUUGAUUUACCGUUUGCGUCACUAAGCGAAAGCAUUGCACUUGGAAGUGUGCUACCAAAAGUUACGGUACUGGGUGAUGUUGCCGGAAAUCUUAAGGUGACGAGUAAACGUUUCAUGAUCGAUUGGUUAGAAAAACAUCCACGCAUCACUGGCCUUCAAAACCUUACGAAAGGAGAACUUGUUUGUGGUAAUAUCAUCCGGAAGCACAAGGAAAUGGGAUAUUUUGUUGAAUUGGCGGGUGGCUCAGCUCUUACAGCCCCAGCACGCUUUAUACGUCCAAUGGCACUGCCAGUAUCAAUGCAAGAGCUUCAAAUAGGGCAGACUGUUGUGGCACGAGUAUCAUCAGUCGACUUGGAAAGGAAGCGAUUUGCUUUAAUUUUGGAUGCACAUCUCUGCAUACCUCCUGGUGCUGAACUUGAUUAUUUUGCACCAUCUAUAGUACAUUAUUCUUUGGAGGAAUUGAACUGGUUUAUAGCAAAUAAUCCAAACUAUUCGCAAGUACCGGAAAUCGGCGAAUGUAUCGAUAUAAAGGUCGUAGAGAUUUCAGAAUGCAGUGUUGUUGUGCAGUAUGCUAGCAAUCCUGAUUUGAAGGGAUGCGCGAUAAAUAACACUAAUAUUCUGCAGAAAGGAAGUUGUGCGAAGGCAUUGGUUUUGGAUGUCAAAUUGCCAACCUGUGAAUUGGUUCUAUUCCUUCUGGAUGGUGGUGUUCAGCAUUUGAAUGAGAAGAAACUACAAUCACUAUUAUGCAGUAAAAAGGAAUUCGAUGCGAAAAUAUGGUUACACAAAAGAGAAUAUGCAGUUGCGACAGUAGAAACUGAAAAGUCGGCUUUUGUAGUUUCCAUCCCAAUGAGAUUACAUCCGAAUGUGAAUAUUACUUCUGUAGAUUUAGAUGAAAAUAGCAAUCAAUGCAUAAUCACACCCAAACUGAUAUCUGGAAAUGUCAUGAUUGGAACUGCAAUGGAAAUAUUGAAGAAAUACGGACUAAUUCAUAGAAAAUUUAAAACACCCAUCAAGUCAGCAGUGAAGAAGAAAUUGAAGCAGUUCAAAAUUUACACUGCAAAAGUUAUGGGAAUGUGGUCCAAAGGUGAUUUGUACAACGCUAUUGAGUUAGAGUUGCCCGAUGGCAGUAUUGGACGUUUACAUGCAUCGGAAUUUGAUGAAAGCUUUUUGGAUCAAACUUCACAGCCAAUUCAAAGCUUUUUGAAAAAAAGGAAAGGUAAAACAGUCAACGUUAAAAUUAUGUGUUUCACGAAGCUAAAGCAAAAAAUGGAGAAGUUAGAUCUUUCUAAACCAAGAGGAAAGGGAACACAAAAAGGCGAAAAAAUGGUUGUUGUGACACGUUUGGCAGAAUGUACGAUGAAAACAUGGAAAUUAAGUGAAACAAAGAGAAAGCAGUCUCUUCUAGGAUACCCACAAAGUUAUGUGCACGGAUCAUUUAUUCCUGUUUUUGUAUGUAAUGGACCUCAUGUUGGAGUGGUCAGAGUGGAAGUUAGUCCACUAUGGAAUGGUGUCAUCAGGAAGCAAAAUCUGUACGAUGAAAAUCUGUUGGCCAACCCGACCAAUAAUGAUGCAUCAGCAUUAGUUGACAUCGAUUUUGAACCUGGCGAAAAGUUAAUUGCACAAGUUAUCGGAGUGAAUGUUUACAAGAAUAGACGUGGCAAGUUGAGACAUCGAAAAUGUUUGGAAAUGACCUUAAAAAAAAACACGAAAGAGAAUCGCAGUUUGCAGACAUUCGAACAUGGUGAUCGUGUGACGGGAAGAGUUGUUGGUAUUACACAGUCACCAAGUAGUGUUAUACUGGAACUUACCAAUAAUCAACGGGCUGUUCUUACAUUGACUGGUAUUACUGAUAAUUAUCUGAAUGCACAUGAAGCUGUAAAGAGUUACGAGUUAAAUCAGAUUUAUAAUGUGCACCUUUUGCGUUUUGAUAAUGAUAAGGGUAGAUGGCUUGCUGUCACGGAGUCACGCUUUUCGAAAAAAUCGAAAAAUAUGCUGUAUCGAAGUGGAACUGAUAUUGAGAUCAGUUCGAAGCUCCAAGCGUUCGUAACUUCAGCAUCUGAUGAUGCUCAUAUCUUUGUCGAAAUCAGUCCUGGUAUUACUGGUUGCGUCUCAAGAUGCAAGAAAUUAUCGUUAAAACCCGAUGAUUUGAUUACAGUUCGCGUUAGUCAUACCUUUGCGGAUGGUGGCUUGAAAGUAGAAUUUGUCGAUUUAAUUGCAGAAGGCCCCCCGGAUGAAAAACCACGGAAGAGGCUCAUAAGUGUUGGAUCUGGAUCUGAUAUCGCAGUCGAUUUACCACGGAAGAAAUCGAAAGCAGCUGGUUAUGUGGCAUCUCAUUUGAAAGAGAAUGAACCGCCACAAGUUACUGUUGUUGAAGCAAAAUUGCCUGAACCAGGUUUGGACUGGUCUCUAAAAGGAUUUACACCAGCAGAAUUUGCAAAAGUAGGGCAACUUGGUCAAAAAGUGGAUGUUCCAGUUAGUACUUCAAUAGCAAAAGAUGAAUCUAGUGCUGAUAAUAUUGAAGAGCAAAACAGACCAAAAACUAAAGAGGAGCUUCAAAUAGAAGAGGAAAAGAAAUUAAUAAAUCGUGAAAGAAAGAUUCUCGAAGCGAAUUGGAUCCCAGAUAACACGAAUGAUUUUGAUCGUUUAGUUGCUGGUACACCCAAUUCUUCAAUUUUGUGGAUCCGGUAUAUUACAUUCUUUCUGGAACAAAAUGACGUGGAGAAAGCAAGGGCAGUUGCGGAUCGAGCACUUUCAGUUAUCAAUUUCCGUGAAGAGGACGAAAUUUUCAAUGUUUGGACAGCAUAUCUCAAUUUAGAAGGAAAUUUCGGUACCAGCGAAUCGUUGAAGGCAGUUUUCGAUAACGCUAUUAAAAAUACCGAUGCUUUGAAAAUGUAUAAGCAAAUGGUGAAAAUAUACCAAAAUCUAGGAAAAAUCCAGGAACUGGAUGAUUUAUUGGAUGAAAUGUUGAAACGGUUUCGUCACGAUGACUUGGAUGUUUGGUUCAUUUAUGGACAACACUUGCUGGAAACCAAACGUCCAGAUAAAGCAAGGGAUUUGAUGAAGAAAGCGAUCAAUUGUUUAUCUCGGAAACACCACGUGACAAUUUUGAGCCGUUUUGCACAACUUGAAUUCAAAUUCGGUGAUAUGGAACAAAGUAAAACAAUUUUUGAAAAUAUUUUAAAUUCAUAUCCGAAGAAAACAGAUGUUUGGACAGUCUACAUUGAUCUGCUGAUCAAAGUUGGAAAAUUUGAGGAUGCAAGACAGCUACUUGAACGAGUCACCGCACUAAAAUUAUCCACCCAUAAAAUUCGAUUAUUUUUCAAGAAAUGGGUUGGUCUGGAGCAAAUGCAUGGUGAUGAGGAACAGCAGAAUAAUGUUAAAGAACGAGCACUGCACUAUCUACAAGAUGUUACGGGACUUAUCAAGGAAACAUAA